AUGGCUGUGAAUCCUGAGAUGGCUGCCGUGGAGGAGGAGGAGAUCAUAUGUCGGUACUGCUUUGGAGGCACUGAGGAUGGGGAGCUCAUCUCACCUUGCAAGUGUGCGGGUGGUCAGAAAUUUGUACACUUGAAAUGCCUUCGUCAGUGGCAGAGGAUGGUCUUGGUAACCCAGCCAACCCACCCAGCCUUUUACGACAGGGACCUCAGGCAUCAGACGUGCAAUGUGUGCAAAUCUGAAUUCACAUGCGCACCACCAACACGCCACGAGCUUAUGGCCUCCUUCACUGGACCUGAGAUUGCAGCUCUCAUCGAUGUGGGGUGUGUCAUUGCUUCGCAUGAAGCAUUUUCAACAGAGCUGGAGAGAAGUUUAGCUACAAUGCCACCGAUGUUGAGGCACAGCAGCAGCUAUGAGCAUUGGAUUCGUGGUGCGUUCCUCAUUACACAGGUGGAGCCGGACGAAGGAAAGCUGACGAUCCAAAUUGAUUCCGAAGGCAUGCUCCAAAGAGUCCGUGCCAAGAUGGACGGCAGCCUUAGCCUUACAUUGCAGGGCCGCCGGUGGCGCGUGGCAGCCAGAGAGGAGUUGGAAGGGCGUCAUGAUCGUGGGCCGCAUUAA